AAAUCUUAUUUUCCUUUAUUUCGGCAUACAAUCGUCUCAAAAUUAACUAAAUAUGUAUUAAAUUAGACAAGGCGAAAAAGCAAUUGAAUAGAGCGAGUCCAGCGCAGAUUUGGUAAAUGCGCUUAGUCGUCGACGUCGGCAGUUGGCGGAGAGCGAGCGACAAUGUUUAAACUCGAGUCCUAUUUAACACCAAUUUUGCUCAACUACGUGGCGAAAUAUGUGAAGAACCUUCGCGACGAAGAUGCCCAGAUAUCGCUGUGGGCGGGCGCUGUUACCUUUCAAAAUCUCGAGCUGCGUUUGGAUGUGCUCGAACAGGAGCUCAAUUUGCCCAUUGAGCUCGUCUCGGGCCACAUACACGAGCUAUCCAUUCUGGUGCCGUGGACCAAGUUGACAUCGGAACCGGUGCGGAUUGAGAUCAAUACUAUUGAGUUUGUCGCCAAGCUGCCCAACGAGGAGAGCAAACAGCGUCGCGCCUCCCUGCUGCACGAACAGCGACGCAAACGCAAAACGGAUGUGACCAGCGAUGAGCAGCAGCAGCAUGCCUCUGGUGGCGCCACCACUUCGGGGUUGGUCAACAAGAUCAUCAAUAACAUCAAUUUGCAGUGCCACAACAUCAUACUGAAGUAUGUCGAGGAUGACAUUGUCGUCUCCAUGAAUGUCCAAUACCUGAACUUCUGUGCCGCCGACGAGAAAUGGCAACAGGCCAUGGUUGAUGCGAAUCCCGUCAAUGUUUUCAUCCGCAAACUGUUACAGGUAUCCGAUUUGACCAUAUGCCUGGACAAGCGGAAUACGGCUGGACGCAUUGAGGUGUGCCAGGAGCCGGUACUCUAUCGCUGCACCCUUGAGGUCCGUGUGCUCCUCAAAUACAACGCGAACACGGUCAGCACUUCGAGCACAACUCGAAUUGGUGUAUUUACCAAGUCGCUGGAUAUCAAUGUGUCGUCGCUGCAGCUGCCCAUGGCCAUGAGAUUGGUGAAAAUGCUGUUGGAACUCAAGCCCGCCGCCAUGGAAGAGGACACCUUUAGUUUGGUUGAACCAGUGGAUUCGGGGAAUGUUCCCGUCUCGCCACCUAGCAACGAGGCUUCAAGUUCAAUGCUCUGGUGGGCAUGGAACCUCUUGCCUAGCUUUGAAUCAGCGCCAGCUGCAGUAACCGACGAGGAUCCCAUUGGUCAUAGCUUCGAUAUUGGCGUCUAUGCGGAGGAAUUGAAUUUUCAGCUCAAGAACUCGGAGCUAAUAACCGACCAAGCUAUGGGCGGCAUUAAGCGGAUACGCUAUACGCCAAUCUUGCGUAUUAGUUUGGGCGGCAUUUACUACGAGCGGUCGCAGCUCAAGGAAAACGACUGGACGAAUGUAAGGGCGGGCCUGUCCAGCAUUUGCAUGGAACCGCUCGGCGUCUAUCGCAGUGAUGAUCCCAUGGAUCGCAGUUUAGUCAACACAAAGGAGUUCCUCAACGAGCGAGCUUUUAUCGACAAGAGUCUGUUUGAUGAGCAAUACAUGUUUGCGGAUCGGACGUGGUGCAGCAGCAAUCAUGAUGAUUAUUUUGCCCGCAACACCGACGAAUAUAUGCUCUUUCGCAGUCCAGUGCUCGCCUUUGACAUUGUCGAGUGCCGUGCUGUCCGGCCCAGUAAGAGCGCUGCGUCAUCGGAGGCACAGAUGAGGGAUAUGGGGCUGCGUGUCAAGUAUCGGGUGCUAUCGGCUGGCAUUACAUUCCAUUUUUCGCAGUCGUUUCUUCAGGUUAAAAAUGUAAUUAGUGAUUUAUUGCGUCCAUACGAUUAUCCAGGAUAUCAUGCAGAGUCCGAAAUUGAUGGCAUCAACACACCAGUGACCAAGAGUCAGGAAUACAAGAACAUGUACAUGACGUAUGCGGAUUCCGAAUACCUCAUCGGUUUCAUGCCCACCUGCAAUUACAAGAUCGAAUUACGUGACAUGACGGUCAAGUUCUAUCCCCGUCAGCAGAGUGCGGACAGUUCGUCUGCAAGCAAUCAGCAUCGGUUGAAUACCACUGUCAAUCAAUCCCUGUUGCCCUAUUUACAGCUAAAGUUUAACUUGGCCGAGGGUGUCAUUUGUGGCCCAGCGAAUCCGCAACGUUUGGUGCAUUUGAUUGCCCAUCUGCAGGAUAAGCCGCGUGAGAUAAUCGACUCCUGUUACAAUACCUACAAGUUCAAUGUGAAAAAUGUCACGCUGAUGGCAGUCAAUACCACACCAGAGAUGGGCAAGGCUAAGCUGCUGAAUAUACCCAGCAUGCAGGUGCAGUUCAAUCGUCUGCUUCUGCCCGAUCACUGGCGUCGCAAUGUGACUGCUCUGGAAACGGCCGAGAUACAAACGGAACUGGUCAAUCUGGAGUUCUCCAAGCGUGAACUGGUCCUCAUGAGCAGCAUCAUACCGUUAAUACUGUGCUACGAUGGCGCCCAGUUGGGCGUUCUCGCCAAGAUGGUGGCACAAGCCAACAACACCACGGAUGUAAUUCGGCUGCAAACGAUGAUCACCAAAGUCCGUCUCAACUAUCACAAAUAUCACAGCCACUUCAGCGUGCUGUUCUCGUUGCGCAACCUGAACGCCGAUGUCUAUCACACAAUGAUGAAUAUGCGCAACGUUGUCUUAUCGACAAAGAAGGGUGCUGCCAACAAAUGGCUGGAGUUGCAGUUACAGUUCCCGCUGGAGGAAUACGAGAAGAAGCACAAAAAGAUACCCGCGACGGCGGUCUGUCUCUGGCUGGAGUCUUUCCGUCUAACUCUCGAUAUUUAUCUGCUUCAGUUUCUCAGUUCUUUCGAGAACGUUGAACUCUGCAUAGAGAAUGAUAUCGAAACGGACUUUGAUACGGUUAGUCAGUCGGAAAGGUUGGCUUCGUAUUCGACGGUUUCGUUUAAUUCAGUGCCAAAGCUGACGCAAAGUGAAGUGAAUGUGCGUCGGGUGAGUCGCACAAAUAGUCGAAAAGUCUCCAUACCCGCGGAGACAAUACACGCGAGUUCCGAGCGCGAUGAGAAGCCGGCUACGAACGCUGAACCAGUUAAAGCGGCGUCCGCAAGCGAAGUAAUCACAACGCCGACGGGCAUUGAUUUGGGGCCGCUGAUGCGUCGACUUAGCACAAUGGUUGUGUUCCUCGAACUGGCCCAGGGCCGGAUCGAUGUGUGCGAACUGAUGCUGCGCAAGACCAGCAAAGAUUUGUCUGUGGAAUACACUUCGAUUCGAGUGCUGCGCAUGCGCAUCAAGUCAAGCAGCGGCGACGAUGUGCUACGUGGCAAUAUACGCACCACCAUAAUGGUGUCGAACACGCCGGACCUGUGCAAUUUGUGUAUGGAGUUCAGUGACUUUUAUGUGUGCUAUCGUCGGACGACCAAUACUGAAAUGAUUCUCGAACCGGUGCGUACAACCAUCAUGCUGGCCCUCUCUUCCAAGACGGCCAAGAAGCCUGCACCGUCGCGGAAACGUCAAGAUUCGUUUGUUGAGGAAUCCAAUAUUCAGACGAAGUCUCGAAAAGUGGAAUUUAACCCGGCUAGUGAGGAAGAUCCCGUCGAAGUCGUGGAGUCGCCAGACACAUACUCAAUUAAUGUGCACGUGGACAUGUCAGCGAUAAACAUUUUUGCCCGUCAUAUUAAACUUCUGCACGAGCACUAUUCGAUCAUAGCUGCCAUUCAUAAAUCGUUGCGUCUUUUGGCUCACAAUAAGCAGUGCCCUGAAGUUACCAAAAAACAAAUGAUAGAAAUUUACACAGGUAACGCACAGAAUUAUCCCAUUAUGAAGGAGUUCCUCGACCUGGAUCCCAACUUUGAGCCGCCUCCUAGAGACACUGGUAAGCUAAAAUGUUUCUCAAUUUUUAUUAAGAGAAUAAUAAAUUUAUUUCGUUUAGUUGGAAAACCCGAGGCAUCCGUGAUAUUCUUUUGCCAGUGGACUAUUCCACGGAUCUCAAUAGAAAUGGAAAGUUUUUGUGAUCACCGGCAACGCAAGUUAUUAUUAAGUUUUGAGGAUCUGUUGCUGAAUGUCGAUAGGCAUGAGGAUUUUACCAAAAUCACCACAAAAAUGGAAAACGUCAGCUUGAACUACUAUGAGGCGAAGGUCCUCAAUGAGUGGAAACUCAAGGAUAAUUUCCACAUUAAAAUGCUGGGAGAUAGUACGAAUUUGCCACUGAUUAGCGUUGUGGUCACAACUGUCAGUCUGCAGGAUUUGUUUUCGAAAAUUGGUGCUCGCAAUCUUGACAAGAAACGUCGUACAAUUUCUGAACUCCUCAUUGAGGUGCAGCCAAUUGAAAUGAUAUUGGAUCUGGAUUGUAUCACUGAAUUUUUGAUAUCUCAAUGCGAAUUACUUGAGAUAAUGCGCACCGCUAAUGGCCGGGAUUCCAACACGUCUCGAGUCCAAGAGACCGGCAUAACCACAGUGCAGGAUCUGCCGAUUGUGCAUCUGAACAGCAAGGGUAUCUAUAUAUAUGUGCCAGUGGAGACGGGAAAGAAAUGCUGCACCGUCCUCUUGAUGCGGAUUGAGAGCAUUAAGCUGUCGCCGAGUGUGGAGAAUCCGCUCGUGCGUCAUCCUAUACGUCAGGAUAUCUACAGCAAGGCCGCUGAGCUUAACAUGCUGAGCACGCCGGGUGCCCUUGUCGAGGAUCGCCAGUACGAGUUGAGCGUACGACAGAUUUCCCUCUCCUCGGGCAAUUGGCUGCAAACGCAAAAGUAUCGCUUGGAGGAGACUUUGACAAAUAAGCAUAGCAAUCCGGCGCUGGAGUGGAACAGCCAGACGCGUUCCACAGCACUGGAGUACAUGGAUAUAUUCAAGGAUUUUGAUUUCAUAACUGUCUAUGCGCCAGCCAUUCGCUACGAUCGCUUUCUCGUUUGUGGCGAAAGUGUCGAGUACAAUUGUGUGACGGACUUUGUCGCCACGCUGAAUACACAUCAGAUUCAACUGAUGUCCUGCAUUAUGCAGCGCCAGCAGCGAUUGAACAGCACUUUGGAUCAGAUCUGCACGAAAAAGGACACACCGUUCGAGAGUGUUUCGUCAACUUCCACACGUUCCAAUAAAUCACACAAGAGUUUAAAUGAUAAGUGGUCACAAACCUAUGCUAGAAAACGUGCCACUAUCUUGCCGAAGACUUUCUCGAGUGCAAAGAGCACCACGGACACUGUGUUCGGCUCCUGCCAGAGCGAUUCUGGCAUUAAUAUGACCAGCAAAGUGCGCAUAGCGCAAACACAAUCUUUGGGACAUAGCGCACUAGUCCGACAUAAACUUAGCUAUCCGCGCAGCGUCUCUUUUGUGGCUGGCAUGUUUGCCCUGAGGGUCUACGAUGUACUCGAGGUGGAGGAGCAGAUGAUGCUAAAACCCUUGCUACUCGUCACCAUAUCGCAGCCCAGUUUUAUGGCAACGCAAACGCUGCGUGCAUCCAUCACACAGGCUUCAGUUUUCGACUUUAGCAUAUACUUGGCCAAGUCGAUGGCCGAGCGCGAUUUUGUCAGCCAUAGCGAAGCGUUGAGUGGCCAAUUCACCGACCCGAUCUUCGAGACGCAACCCGGCACUCUGGGCAGCUCCGGAAUUCCACCGCCGCUGUUAACCGUCAAGGCUCACACGGAUCGCAACCAACAGGUCGAGGUAGAUGUUGAACUGUGCAGAUGGAUGGAACUGCGGCUGUGCGAAGGCAACGUCAAGUUGCUCACCGACGAUCUCAUUCACAUCUAUGGGUUGCUCCAAGCAACGCCCUACUUUCCACAACGCAGCGAACGACCCGUGGUGUACACAACCCCGCUUCGGCAAUUGAAGCUGCACUGCUUCAAUGCGGAUCGAUUGCAUCUGUCGUGCGAUCGCGUCACCGUUAAAUUCUACGAUGAGCCACAAACAUAUUGCUGCAGUGCCGUCUGCCUCGACUUCAUUGCCCACGUCAAGUUUAAUGCACGACCGCAAAAGGCCUCCAUCAAGUCGACGCUGGGCUCCAUUUAUGUACAGACGGGCGAACGGAUUUUUCUGCAUCCGUUGCUAAUGCGUCUCUCUGCCGAUCUACACAGUGAGACGUGGUGCGAUCAGCUCCUGACUAGCAUCACCCUUAAGCUUAAUGUGCUGCACGUGGACGCCAGCAUUCUGAACAUUGUCCAUAUGCGCAGGGCACGCGAUGGCCUCUAUAAUAUUAUGACACAUUUGAAUCGGCAGUGGCAGCAUUUCCUGCAGCAUCGCCCCAUGCUGGGUCAGCCGCCGGAGGUGCCGCCGAAGAGGCUGGCACAGUACACACCCUCCCACGACGCGAUUGUACGCUCCAAAACGUCGCACAAGCCGAAGCUGGAAUUCUAUCAGGAUGAUUUACGUGCUGGCGCCUUUCAGUUUGUCUAUUUGCAUACGGACACAAUGCUGCCGAUGCCUUACCAGGUGCAGAUCAUCAAAAAGAACUAUGGCAUCAUUUGCUGGCGCUAUCCACAGCCGCGCCAGAUGAGCAGCAUACAUAUCUAUCCCGUGCCAAUGCCGGUCGAGAAUCCCAUACAUAUCAAGUGCCGCAUGGAAUACUUUAGUGAGACGCAUGAAACCUUUUUGCACUACUGCGAUUUUGAGCUCUCCGAGAUUUUGAGCAAAGAAUUGACGCCACCGGAACGUAAUAUAAGCGCCACCAUUUGGCGAGUGGUUAUCAUGCAGUCUCUAAUCUCUGUGGAUGGUACUUGCUUCGAUACUGAUGAGGACGAGGAACUGCAAUCGAUUGAUAGCAAUCGUGUCAUGCAGGAUUUUAAGGGAAAUGUGGACAAUGAUUUCAUAUUGCAUCCAAAGGUGCUGGUUGGCUGCAUGCGCAUCGAUACCACCUUUCAUUCGGCGCUGGUGCCGAAAUUGCAGCUGCUGCUGUGUUGCCAGCAUAUGGAGUUGAAUUUCUUGAACCAACCAGAUGUAUCGGAUGUGUUGCCGUCGCAGCUCAAGAAAUACAAUUUGAGACGCACUACGGACAUCACACAAACGUUUCUCACGUGUCACGUGGACAAUCUGCAGCUGCAUGGAUCAAUCUAUACACGUACUAAUUACAACGUCGAGUUGGACUUUCGCAGUCGGAUUAAAUGCCUCGAUUAUGGCUACCUCAAUAUGCUGGACAUCAUGGAGCCGAUGAGUUUCCAUAGCUACUUGAGAUACAACAAAAGGCAACAUUUGCUGCACGCCAAUAUUUUGUUGGACAAAUUGCGCUUCAACUGCAGUCCUUGUGUUAUACACACACUUCUCUGUGCCAAAUACCACUGGCAGGAGCUAUUGCAGGAGCGCCAUAUUGUCCACACUCUGAUGCCCAAAUGCGUGAUUGUCAAUCGAAUGCAGACGCCUCUCACCUUUGGUCAAACGGGUACCGAUGAACGUAUCUCGCUGGCGCCACAAGAAUUGCGUGCAUAUUAUUUCUGUAGUGAUUUCCACUGCCAGGAGUUGACGUUCUUCAUCGAAAAUAGUGUAACGAAUCAAGUGGAGAUCAGCGAUUCGGUGCACAUUGCCCUCAAGUUCGAUGAUGAUGAUCUUGUGCGUCAUUUUCGCAUUGGCCAGCAUUGCAUUACGAUCAAACAGCGCAAGUUGUCCGCCACGCAAGUGUAUAUCCUGGUCAAGGGACAGAUCGAGCUGGUGAGCAUGGUGCCCUUUGAGCUGCUAACCGAAUUUCGCAACGAGGGCGUUGAACAAGCUGAGAAUCCGCUGGCCCAUUUGCUUGCUGGCAAGGGACGCAUCUCCUUCUUUCAGACGGUGGUGCGCAAUGCGGACAUCACUAUGCGCCUCAAGCUGGGCACGGGUCAUGCCAAGGGACGCACCGGUGACAUUCCACUGAAGCCCAAUAAUAGUCUGCCCUGGCUGGUAAAAGUGCCAACACAGUUGCCGCAACAGUUCAUCAGCUUGUGGGUGCGAAUUCUGCGCGAGGACAUUGCCCUGGACAAUGGCAAUGACAAUGUGGACAAUUUUCAGCCGCAACGGAUACUCGUCAGCAUUUGGCCCAUCUUUGAGAUCUGCAAUUGGCUCAGCUGCGAACUGCAAGCAACGGAGAGCGUCACUGAGGAGCACUUUGCCAUUCACGGCGAGGGUGGUUGCAAGGCCUUGAGCACUCCCACCACCCAUUCCACUGAGCAUUGUGUGAAAUUUGAUUUUCCAUGCGCUCUUGGUUCAGCUUCGACAAGCGAAUACACCUUCAUGUUGAAGUCGAUGGAUUGGCACAAGUUCUUCCACUUUGAGCCCGCGGAAUGGACGAUUGAGCAGACGUUGUACAAGCUGGACAAGUCACCGAAACCCAAAUGGCCGCUUAACAAUGCCGAGGAGCUGCGAAUUCAACGUCCUUGCGAGCUGCUUAACAUGCUGGACUUGCAGUAUCGGGUGCAGGCAACCCGCGAAUUCUCGUGCACACUGGGACUGGAAAUCGCCGCGUGGGGAACAUUUAUCAACGAUACCGGGUUCGAUGUGAGCAUCUGUGUCGCAAAGGAAGCUGCUCGCUACCAGAUCAGAGCCAAUUGCCUGGAAAUGCUGCCGGUGAUCAAUAGCCACUUUACUGUCGAUGUGCCCUUUGGCUCCAGCUGGAUUCACUCGAUGCCCAUUUGCAUGGAGAGUCAGACACAAGCAGCAACACCUACUCCAUCUGGUGGCCGCCAUGUCCUGCUGCGUGUUAAUUCCUUUGUGGACAUCGUUGUGGUGCGCAACGAUGAUGUUGUCCGCAUGAUGCUCGACUAUAAGCUGGAGGAUGGACGACGGGUAUUCAAGCUGCGCUCCAAGUUUGUCAUUGCCAACUGUACGGAUCUGAUGCUGUAUGCCCUGCCGCUGACCAUGGAUCACAAAGAGACCGCGGGACGCGUCGAUGUUAAAUCGCUGGACAUUGCCAAAAAUAUACGAAUUCUAAUCUCUGCCACGGAAAAGCGUAAUACUAAUAUUGGCUCCACCAUCGAGUUGUUUCACGAUUUGAAUGCGCGCAAGUCGAAGCACACCAGCGACACAGCAUUUGUCUACUUUGUGUGCUUUGUCGUUAACGGCAAUCAGGACAUUUCCAUACCGAUUCCAUUAUCAUUGCCGUUCACUCGUCGCUGCUUCAGUCUGCAGGAUGGUGCCACAUCCGUACCGCUAAUGAUAACACUGAUCGAAAAGGACAAUGUCUACUAUCUGAAUGUGUUCAGGGAUACAGCGCCUGCGAUUAUAAUCAGCAACAAUACCAGUCUCCGGUUUGUGGUUGCCCAAACAAGCGCCUCGGGCAACAGCAAUGUGACCUGCACCACGCCCGAGUUUGCCGGGAAGCACUUUGAGUGGCACCAGCUGAUUGCACCGUUUAGCAAGUGCUACUACACACCGCCGCAGAUGUAUGCCAAUUUUCCCGAUGUGGAAUUCACCAUGUGCAACCUGUCCCUGUCGCUUUACAAUGAUGAAUCAAGCAAAAGCAAGUUGAUGUGGUCGAAGCCGAUACGCACUGAUAAAUCGUGGAAGAAGUUUAUACACGUGCCCAAUCAUGGUGACAUCAAAGUGGUCAUCUGUGAUAAGCAUCGAGCAAUACGCUUCAAUAUCUACUACAUUGCACAACAGCUGGAGUUCUCCGUGAAGGAUUUACGCUCACGCCUAAAGCAGCCAGAGGACGCACAACAUUUACUGCAGGAGAGUGAAAAAUUUGGUACGGCUGCACCAACAGUGGAGCAACCAACUGAUGUGGAGCCAGUACGCAGAGCACCUGAUUGCAUUCACUUCAGCGAUGACUGCGAGACGGGAUUGAAGAUCUCGUUGCGUUUGUUCCUCAAGAGUUUCGUGUUCAGCCUGCAGACGAACGAUCGACACCGGGAUUAUCUCAAGACUGAGGUGUGCAACAUGUAUGCGGAUGAUCUGAUGUUAGCCUACGAUGAUGACGAUGAGCGAAGAGAGCUGCAUCUUCAACUGCCCAAUCUACAGGUCGACAAUCAACUGUACUCCACUGGCAAAUAUGAUUUUCCGGUGUUGCUGUGCGCCCAGCAAUUGUACAAGCGCCACACGGGUUCGCCGCAGGUCUACGAUCUGGAUGCGAUCUAUCAGCGUCAAGCGCAGCGUGUGCCCAUCUCCCAGCUGUCGUUUGUCUUCUACCAGGAUGAACUGCAGCUGCAAGCCGUACGCUGUGAGCUGCAGCCACUGCGUGUCUACAUCGAGGAUGCGUAUCUCAAUCAGUUGCUGGACACACUGGUCGAGUGCGCCCCCUCCAAUUGUGUAUACACACCACAAACCGAUUGCGAACGUAUCCAAUUGGCAGGAGGUCAAACCUUGUUGCCGGAGCAAGUGGUUGCCCAGGCGCUGUACAUUGCGGAGCCACUGCGUCUGAACAGUUUCAUUGUGGAGCCACUUAGUCUGUUGCUCUCGGUGCACACAUCCUCACGUCUGUAUAUUGCAUUGGAUCAUUCGCCAUUAUCCUUCUCCCGCUAUGAGCGUCAGCAGAUUCUGACGGUGCCGCUGCGCUUUGGCCAAUCCCUGGGUCUGCACUAUUUGAGUGGAGCUAUUUUUGGCGCCGGCUGGGUGGUGGGCUCACUGGAAAUAUUGGGCAGUCCCAGUGGUCUGGCACGCUCCUUCACUACGGGACUGCGUGACUUCGUUUCGAUGCCGGUGCAGGGCCUGUUCCGGGGUCCGUGGGGUUUCUUGGUGGGCGUUACACAAGGAUCGGCUUCGCUGCUGCGCAAUGUGACGGCCGGCACGGUGAAUUCGGUGACCAAACUGGCCGGUUCUGUGGCUCGCAAUCUGGACCGUCUCACGCUCGACUCGGAGCACAUUGAGUUGACGGAGGCACGGCGCCGGGCUCGGCCACAGGGCUUUGCGGAUGGCUUAACGCAAGGCUUGACGGGAUUGGGUAUUAGUCUACUGGGCGCUGUUGGCGGAUUGGCGCAUCAUACGCUGGAAGCGCGCAGCUCAGUGGGUGUCCUGACGGGUCUAACCAAAGGCAUUGUCGGUGCACUGACCAAGCCCAUCAGUGGUGCUGCUGAAAUGUUGGCGCUCACCGGGCAAGGUGUUCUCCAUACGGUGGGCUUCAAUACGAUGCCACACCAGGUGGUGCCGAGUGUAACGCGCAAUAUGGCAUUGCAUGCCAGCUCCUAUCGUAUCUGGCGUCACCUGCCCGAACAGUUGAGCAACGAUCAGAUUCUGUUCUUCCAAGAGAUCACGCUAAUGCUGAAGGGACAAAUGCGUCCCGCGCUGCUCUUUGUCACCUCAACACUGCUGGUGAUUAUGGAGCGGCCAGGCGAUGAGCUGACAUUCAUUUUGCCAGUGCUAAAGGUGGAGGUUAUUGCGGAUCGGGAGGAUCCCUCCAAGAUGUACUUGAGUCUGAAGCAAGAGCAGGCCGAUGAUAUGGAGGGCCAGAUGAAGUACACCAAUGAGCGCAUCAUUAAUUUCCUGAACGCAUCUCGUGCUCAUGCAUUGGCCAACGAUUCGCUGAGUGAUCUGCUGCAGCUGAACGAACAAGAUCUUGAGGAUCCCGUGCGACGGCGGACGCAGUGCAUCUUCUACAUCAAGCCAAACAUUGGCGAGCAUCUAAUGCACUACUUGAAGGUCAUCAGCCAAACGCACUGAACCAACCACAAUCUGUACAGAAUUGUAUUGUUAACUAGAUGCAUACAUAUAUAAUAUUUAUUCCAUUUAGUCCUUAACGUGUCCGUGUGCCCCCACCCCGUGCAAUCUGCGCCAUUCCGCCAAGUAUUUUAAACUCCUUUACUUUUUUAUGCCAAAAAACAAAAACAAAGACAACGUGCUAAAUUCUAUGCAAAUUACAUAUUUUUGUUACCAUUUUGACGAGUUGCCCGCUUCCUUUUGGGUCGGGCAAUAAAAGUUAAAUUUCAAAAGAGACAAAAUGCAUUUAUCUCCAUUUAA